AUGGCCGUUAAGGUGGCCAUUGACAUGAACAUAUUCCCAAUCCUGGCAAAAGCAACAUCUCCUGUGUCAGUGCAUGAGCUCGCAGCAUCGAAGCCUGCGGAUCCGUUGCUAGUCGAACGAAUUUUGCGCCUUCUUGUGGCCUAUGACUUUGCUGAAGAGCAAGGACCCUGCAAAUACCUUCCAACGGCUUUGUCCAAGGAGAUGACCCAACGUACAUCAGUCGGGGUUGUGGAAUCUCUUUUCCUCGAAUUCCUUCCUGCGAUCCAGAAGACCCCGGAAUAUCUCCAUGCUAUAGGGUAUCGGAACCCCGAAGACCCUACGUUCGCGCCUCUCCAAUAUACGAACAAAAUGAAAGAAGGUGGAUUUGCCUGGCUCUGUCAGAACCCUGCUGCUCUGAAGCGUUUCAACGCCUUCAUGGAAGGUCAGCGCGCGGAUCGUGCCCACUGGGCCGACUGGUUCCCUGUCCAGGACCAGAUUCUGGCUGCUGCGGAAAAGAGACCCAACCAGCCUCUUCUGGUGGAUAUUGGUGGUGGCCGUGGCCAUGACAUACUAGGUUUUAAAGAACGAUUUCCCAGUGCGCCAGGCAAGCUGAUCCUCGAAGAUCUGCCUCGGGUGAUUGAAGACGCCCGAGCUGCGGUCAAUUUGGAUGCAAUGAAAAUUGAAACGAUUAGCUAUGAUUUCUUUGCUGAAGAACAGCCUGUCAAAGGUGCACGUGUCUAUUACUUCAGAAAUAUCUUCCACGACUGGUCAGACGACAAGGCGCGCAUCAUAUUUAAGAACCUGGUUAAGUCCAUGGAACGUGGCUAUUCGAAAAUCCUCAUGGAGGAGUAUAUCCUACCAGAUCAGAACGCACGUGCACUUGGAGGAAUGACAGAUAUCGCUGUCAUGGUAUUCUGCUCAGGUUUAGAGCGCACGCAAAGACGGUGGACGAAUCUACUACAGUCAGCCGGAUUGAAAGUGAACAAAUUCUGGAUGCGUGAUGGCGACGGACAGGGAAUUAUUGAGGUGGAGUUACCGUAG